AGUACUUUAUUUAUGUGUAUUUACUUAUUUAAAUUAAUCAACAGUAUUCUAUGAUUUCGUUUUUCUCGAUAUAACCUUUUUUUUUUUUAGCUCUCACCAAACACGGAUCAUUUUAUUUUCGCAGUCCAAAAUUAUCUGUCAGAUUUAAGUAGAAGAAGAAGAAGAAGAAGGGGUUAGGGUUUUGAGACAUGCAUACUAGGUAUAUGGAGAGAACUAAUAGCAUGGCUAGAAGGAAAAGGGGCUUAGAAGGUGGUGGAGCAGAGGAGGAGCAGCAGCAGCAGCAGCAGCCAGAGCGUAAAAGACCUGCUUUAGCUAGUGUAAUUGUAGAAGCUCUCAAGGUGGAUAGUCUACAGAAGCUCUGCUCAUCGUUGGAACCAAUUCUUCGUAGAGUUGUAAGUGAGGAAGUGGAGCGUGCUUUAGCAAAGAUAGGUCCUGCUAGACAGAUUGGAGGGUCUUCCCCGAAGCGAAUUGAAGGCCCAGAUGGAAGGAACUUGCAGUUGCACUUUAGGUCUAGGUUGUCUCUUCCCCUUUUCACAGGAGGAAAAGUAGAGGGGGAGCAGGGUGCCGCCAUCCAUGUUGUUUUGGUUGAUGCGAGCACUGGACAUGUUGUAACUUCUGGCACAGAAGCCUCUGUUAAACUAGAUGUUGUAGUUCUUGAAGGUGAUUUCAACAAUGAAGCUGAUGAAGGCUGGACACAAGAAGAAUUUGAAAGCCAUGUUGUAAAAGAGCGUGAAGGAAAGAGACCAUUGUUGACUGGAGACUUGCAAGUAACACUUAAAGAAGGGGUAGGAUCUUUGGGAGAUCUCACAUUUACGGAUAACUCAAGUUGGAUAAGGAGCAGGAAGUUCAGGCUUGGCUUGAAGGUUGCUUCUGGGUAUUCUGAGGGCAUACACAUUCGUGAGGCCAAGACAGAAGCUUUUACUGUUAAAGACCACAGAGGGGAAUUAUACAAGAAACACUAUCCACCUGCACUGGAUGAUGAUGUAUGGAGAUUGGAGAAAAUUGGCAAGGAUGGUUCAUUCCACAAGAGGCUAAAUAAUCAUGGAAUAUUUAAAGUUGAAGACUUCCUUCGUCUUGCAGUCAAAGAUUCUCAUAAAUUACGGAAUAUUCUGGGAGGUGGCAUGUCAAAUAAGAUGUGGGAUGCUCUCUUGGAGCAUGCAAAGACUUGCGUUCUUAGCGGAAAACUAUACGUUUAUUAUCCUGACAAUUCAAGAAAUGUUGGUGCUGUCUUCAACAACAUCUAUGAGCUGAAUGGCCUUAUUUCAGAGGAACAGUAUUAUGCAGCCAAUUCCCUUUCUGAUGAGCAAAAGAUCUAUGUGGAUACAUUGGUGAAGAAAGCAUAUGACAAUUGGGACAUGGUCGUUGAGUAUGAUGGCAAGUCACUUCUGAACUUCAAUCAAAAUAGGAGGGUAAGUGUAUCCCAAAAUGAACAUCAGAUCAAUCAAAUAGGUUACUCUAAUCCUUCAGGCCACCAAGUGCAAUUACCACGCGUGCCAGCUUCAAUUCCAACCGAGCAGUCUUCUGUUCAUUCAGCCCUACAAGCAGGAGGGUACAAUGAUAAUUUGGUAUCGGGAUACUCAAUGCAGUCACAGCUUGUAAAUCCUGAUUCCCGCACACAGCUUGGCAGUAACUCAUUCGCACCACAUCAACAACUGAUCAGCAAUCCUCAACAACUCCUAAGCACUAGAAAUGAUAACAGUGCUGUUGGCCUGGCCCUUGGUCCUCCGCAGUCAUCUACCUCAGGUUUUCAAACAAUUGGUUCUUCCAUGCAGCCAACUAAUCUUAAUCCUUUUGAUGACUGGACCAGCAACCGAGACAAGAGCACUGACGAAUUCUUUUCAGAGGAAGAGAUUCGCAUACGAAGUCAUGAGAUGCUUGAGAAUGAAGAUAUGCAACACUUGCUCCGACUCUUCAGUAUGGGGGGCCAUGCCAAUGUACCUGAAGAUGGCUUUCCUUACCCACCUUACAUGGCAUCUCCUAUGCCAAAUUAUGACGAGGACCGCUCACGUCCAGGUAAAGCUGUUGUGGGAUGGUUGAAGAUCAAGGCAGCAAUGAGGUGGGGGUUCUUUAUUAGGAAGAAAGCUGCUGAGAGGCGAGCACAGCUUGUUGAGCUGGAUGAUGAUGAUGAGUAGAUAGGUUUUAAUGUCAAGCCUCAUGAUCCAUGAAUUAUUAUUGUUUAUGUCUAGGACUGCAUGGGAUAGUUGGGUUUGGAAGUGUCGAAGGCCCAGUUGUUCCGGGGGCCUUGUUCCGGGUUUGACGUCGGCAUCCAAGAACCUUUUUGUACAGUCACCUGUACAGUAAGUUGCUUUGUUACUUGUUAGUUGUUACCCUGCAAGAUGGUUCUCUGAUCAUAUCAUCAUUCUGUGAAUGAUAGAUGAGUUUGAGUUCACAAGGGGUGUGUGAGUGUGUUUCUAAGUUGAACACCCCUUCCAUUCUUGUUGACUGCUUAGGGGAACAUGUCUAGUAGUAGAAGCAUAUAUGACUUCAUAUGUUGUAUCUGCAAGUGACUGUAAGAGAUGGUCCAAAUGGUCCAUACUUUGGUAACCUUCAACUUCAGUUGCUUCUUUCCA